AUGGCAUUCCAGAAAAUCCAGGUGAAGACCCCAGUGGUCGAAAUGGACGGUGACGAGAUGACAAGAAUCAUCUGGAAGAUGAUCAAGGAGCAGUUGAUCCUGCCUUUCCUGGACAUCGACUUGGACUACUACGACCUCGGCAUCGAGUACAGAGACGAGACAGACGACAAGGUGACGGUGGACUCGGCCAACGCCACGAAGAAGUACGGUGUCGCAGUCAAGUGCGCCACCAUCACGCCUGACGAGGCGAGAGUCAAGGAGUUCAACUUGAAGAAGAUGUGGCUCUCCCCUAACGGUACAAUCAGAAACAUCCUCGGCGGUACGGUGUUCAGAGAACCAAUCAUCAUCGAGAACAUCCCAAGAAUCGUCGAGCACUGGGAGAAGCCUAUCGUCAUCGGCAGACACGCCUUCGGCGACCAGUACAAGUGCCAGAACAUCGUCACGCCAGAGUGCGGGGGCCAAUUGAAGCUGGUUUUCACUCCGAAGGACGGUUCCGAGGAGAUUGUUGUUCCUGUCUACGACUUCGACGGCAAGGGAUGUGCGCUCGGGAUGUACAACACCGAGGAGUCCAUCAUCGGCUUCGCCAAGGCCUCCUUCGCCUUGGCCGUCUCCAGAAAGCUCCCAUUGUACAUGUCCACCAAGAACACCAUCUUGAAGCAGUACGACGGUCUCUUCAAGGACACCUUUGAGAGAAUCUACAACGCCGAGUACAAGGAGAAGUUCGAGGCGCUUGGCAUCUGGUACGAGCACAGAUUGAUCGACGACAUGGUUGCGCAGAUGGUCAAGUCCAAGGGUGGCUACAUCAUCGCCAUGAAGAACUACGACGGUGACGUCGAGUCCGACAUCGUUGCCCAGGGUUUUGGCUCCCUCGGCUUGAUGACCUCUGUCCUCGUCUCCGCCGACGGCAAGUCCUUCGAGGCCGAGGCCGCCCACGGUACCGUCACCAGACACUACAGACAGUACCAACAGGGCAAGGAGACCUCCACCAACUCCAUCGCCUCCAUCUUUGCAUGGACCAGGGGCUUGAUCAAGAGAGGUGAGUUGGACAACACCCCGGCUGUUGUCAAGUUCGCCGAGACCCUCGAGAAGGCCACCAUCGACACCGUCCGUGUCGACGGCAUCAUGACCAAGGACUUGGCCUUGGCCAGAGGCGAGACCGACAGAUCCUCCUACGUGACUACCGGCGAGUUUAUCGAGGGCGUCGCCAAGAGAUUGACCAAGGAGCUUGGCGCCUGA